UAACUAAAAUGACUGUAUUAUAAAAAAAAUUACAACAUAAAAACUAUCUAAAUAAAAAAUAAUAAUAACAAUAAAACCUACUAAAUACUGUUUAAACAUUAACAGCAAAUAACUCCACUAUCUAGACAGACAUUAAUAAUAAACGCAACACAACGAAAAUGUCGCAUUUUUCAACAAUAUUGGAAAAUUUACGCAUGGUGGCCAUAAAGCGGAGUCCCUUAACACAACAGAAACAAAAGCAACAACAACAACAGCAGCAACAGGCUAUUACCCCAACUUCACCACAACAACAUCAUGUAAAUAUUUCCCCCCAAGUGGCAGUUACAACAAAUUUAUGUUAUGAUGAAUCAUCAAGCCAUGAACAGGAUAUAAAAAUUAAUAAUGAUAAUAAACAAUUUAAAGUUUUCAUCAACAAACAACCACCCACUCCACAAUCACCGGAAGCACCAGCACCACAAACAUGUACAAAAUCCUUGCACAAUCAAAACAAUGAAGAUUAUUUAAUAGAUAAAAACUCAAGUGGAAAUACUCCAUCUACAACACACGACAAGAAAGCAGCCCAUCAUUCCACUAGUCAUCAUAGCCAUAAACGACAAAGUAUAUCGGCACGUGGUUCAAUAGGUUCGGUGGAACAUACAACGGCAAAAAAUUCACCCGGACGUGAACGUAAUCGUGGCAGCGUUAUUGUUGAAAUUGAUAGUGGCGGGGCAAGUGGUGGUUCAAAAAAUGCCACAGGUUCUCGGGGUGCACGUGAACUCUCGCCGACACCGAAAAAUCAACAACGUAAAAUGUCAACGGACUUUCGUUCGCGUGCCGGUAGUUUUAUACACGUUGAUGAGGAUGGUCGCAGUAUGUUGAUGCGUAAACCGGUGCGUUUAAAAAAUAUCGAAGGUCGUCCGGAAGUAUAUGAUACUUUGCAUUUUAAGGGAAGAGAGAUUUUAUCCUGUUCGAAGGCCACUUGCAUGAGCAGUGUUAUGAAUUUUGGUACUGCUGCAGUGGAGGCUCGUAAAACGGAAGUAGUGUUGGAACAUGCUAAAGAUUUUCUAGAUCAAUAUUUUACCUCAAUUAAAAGAUUAUCAUGUGCAGCUCAUGAAAGCCGCUGGAAGCAAGUACGUCAGAGUAUUGAGUCUACAGGCCAUUAUCAAUUGACCGAAACUGAAUUGAUUUAUGGUGCUAAAUUAGCCUGGCGUAAUUCAUCACGGUGCAUUGGACGCAUACAAUGGUCUAAAUUGCAGGUCUUUGAUUGUCGUUAUGUGACCACAACCAGUGGCAUGUUUGAAGCCAUUUGUAAUCACAUUAAAUAUGCCACCAACAAAGGUAAUUUAAGGUCAGCCAUCACCAUAUUUCCACAGCGUACAGAUGGUCGUCAUGAUUAUCGUAUUUGGAAUGCUCAGCUUAUCUCGUAUGCUGGUUACAAACAAGCGGAUGGCAAAAUCAUUGGAGAUCCCAUGAAUGUUGAAUUUACUGAGGUUUGCAUGAAAUUGGGUUGGAAAGGCAAAGGUACCGAAUGGGACAUUUUACCUUUAGUUGUAUCAGCCAAUGGUCAUGAUCCAGAUUAUUUCGAUUAUCCACCGGAAUUAAUUUUGGAAGUUCCAUUAAGUCAUCCAAAAUAUGAAUGGUUUGGUGAGAUGAACUUGCGUUGGUAUGCUUUACCUGCCGUAUCCAGCAUGUUAUUCGAUGUUGGUGGCAUACAAUUUACGGCCACCACAUUCAGUGGCUGGUACAUGUCCACUGAAAUUGGUUGUCGUAAUUUAUGCGACACAAAUCGUCGUAAUAUUUUGGAGACUGUGGCAUUAAAAAUGAAUCUGGAUACACGUACGCCAACCUCUCUGUGGAAAGAUAAAGCUGUGGUUGAAGUUAAUAUUGCUGUUUUACAUUCAUAUCAAAGUCGUAAUGUCACCAUUGUGGAUCAUCAUACCGCAAGUGAAAGUUUUAUGAAACAUUUUGAAAAUGAAUCAAAAUUACGUCGCAUUGUAGAUGAAAAUCGUUAUCAUGAAGAUAUAUUUGGCAUUACAUUAAGAACCGCAGAAAUUCACACCAAAUCUAGAGCCACAGCACGUAUAAGAAUGGCUUCACAGCCUUAA